UAUCUGCCACCGAACCCCCGGACAGGUUUGUCUUUCUUGAUUCCCCAGAUAUCGUUCGGAGGUGUGUCAAACGGCUCGCCCCACUCCGGUUCGAGAUGAUCUACCCAAACGAAAUCAAGAAGAGUGCAGACUACUCAACCCGAGGUCGCCCCCAUCCCGACAAGUGCUCGGCGAGUCCCAUCUGGCGACUUGCUGUUGAGCGUGUCGUAGACCAGGCCGAUGACCUGAUCGUGCUGGCCGAGGUCGGUGGCCUGGACUACCCGACAGGCAUUGCCAAGAAGAGCCAAAGGUCCAUCGCCCGCGCGACCAGGGUCCUGGCUCCAUUCUCUCAGAAUCUGCCAACCUGGAAGCUUAUCGUUGACUUUGCCGCCCUUCUCGCCGUUCUCUUCAGCUUCCAGUACCACCUGGAACCAUUAGACCUGCUGCUCGCAUCUGUCCUUGGUACAUGGAUAGCCUGCCGUGCCGCUCUGGGCUGGGUACAGACAGCGACCAAGGCGGCGGCCGACAUCAACUCGUCCCUGGGCGAGUUGUGCCUGGGCAUGCCACAGCUGCACGCUACAGAGGAGGGAUACCUUACUCAGAGCGCCCAAGAUGCUCUUCUCGAUGUGUACAUAUCGAUGGCACAGCACCUAUUGCAUACCAUGCAGUUCGUUGGGUCCCACCAGCGCGUGCUCCUUCAUCAGAGGGCAUGGACCAGACUCGCCAUCCAGAGCGAGUCGGCAGUGUGGCAGCACAGAAAACUGGUGGCAACUGCGGAAGCGGAAUGCUUGAGAAGUAAAUAUUCUCAAGAUCGGCCGGGACUGGUCCAAAAGAGGCAGUGUUGUGGCAAUGUCCCCAUACGAUUCAGCUCUCGCUUCCAUGGUAGAGAGGAUGCUCUUCAGGCGAUUGCCAUAGCGCUGAGUCCUGGACAACCCGGGUGUGGUCAGCUGAGAUCUUUCGUGCUUUUCGGCAUCGGUGGGGUUGGAAAGACUGAGAUAGCACAUCAAUACGUGGCUCAACAUCGUAAAGAUUACUCGACAAUCUUUUGGGUUAACGCCUCCAACCUCGAGACGUUGAGGGAGAGCUUUGAGGAAAUUGCCCAGCUGGUUGAGACGGAGGUUCAAGGACCACAGUCUCCUAUGACCAAAGUCCACAACUGGCUGAACGACACAGAUCAAACCUGGCUUUUGAUAGUCGACGGAGCAGAUGAUCUGGAGAUUUUGGAGAAUUUCUGGCCAGGCAACGGCCGUGGUUCGGUCCUCAUCACCACACGAGACCAUACAGGCGCUCAGGAACGAGGGCUGGACUUGGUUCACAAUGUCCGACCAUUCAAACCCACUGAGAGCGGCAAGUUCUUGUUGAACAGUAUAGGGAUGUACAACCCAUCCCCAGACGACCAAUCGGUCGCCAACAGCAUCGCGUGUCGACUCGGCCACCUCCCACUUACGCUCAAGCAGGCUAGCGGGUUCAUAGUGCGGCGGCAACUGUCACUGAGCGACUUCAUGUACAAGUACAGGCUCCAGCCCGACGCGGAGGAGAUCGACGAGUUGAAAUCAUGCGGAGGGUACCCGCAAAGCGUCGCGAGCGUAUGGGAGGACACAUUCUCCAAGAUCCCAGAAAAGUCUCUGCUGUUCUUGAACAUCCUCGCCUUUAUGCGGCCCAAGGGAGUAAAAGAGGAGGUUCUUUACCGAGGAUCCGUGCUCCUCAGAAAGGCGCACCCAGAGAUGGGGAGAGAGAGCUGGAAGCUGAUGCUCUUCAUGAACGAGAGUAUGGAAAUGUCCGAGGCGCAGGAGGUUCUGCUCAAGUGGGGUCUGAUAUCCCGGGAUCCGCAGGCCGGCUUCGUGUCGAUGCUCCGGGCGGUUCGGCAGCAGACCAUGCGCCGGUUGAGAAACGAUGAGCGUGAGCACUUUUCCUUCAUCGCAAGAGAGAUGCAGCGCCUGAUGGCGGAAAAGGAAGAGGAAGAAAAGGCUGGGAGGACGGUGUCGGGAUUCGCGGUGUGCAUGCAAAAGCAACAGCCCAGAUCUGAGAAGCUCACCGCCGUGCGGCCACCCGCGCCAUGCGGAACCAUUGCGCCGCUUGAACUGCCGCGAGGGAAGACUCUACCAGAAUUGGCGGCAGCUCCAGUAGCUCCACCGCAGGGGGGAGAUUGCCAGCGCGUGCCGCGACCGAGCAUGAUGAGGGCCGACAUGACGGCCCCACCAUUGAAGAGGAAAACACUGGCAGAUUUCGUGGCUUUUAUGGCGACUCAACCGCCGGGAGGCAGGAGUAGCGUGCCACCUGCCGUGAAGAGCACCGAGCGGGCUAGGGCGGUAGAGGCUAUGGCUCGCCAAAUAAACGCGCAGGCCAAACUGUCGCGGCCGAGCUCCCCUCAGGAUCAGGAGUCAAUGGACUCUGAUAAUUCUAAGUCUGAGACCUGAGGAAAUUUGUUGAGGAAGAAUGUGAAGGGCACAGGUUCGCUCUUUCCUCUUCUGUCGAGAAGGUGUGUCGAGCCUGCUUCGUCGGGUUAUGUCUUUGAUGGCCUCUGAAAUCGUCACGGGACCUUGUUUUCUGUUUAGGCGUUUUUAUUGUAUCUUAAUCGACUGGCAUAUAUUGUAAAAAUACAUUUCGGCGCUGGUGUAAAAGUGUCGGACCA